AUGACUUCACUUCGCUUCGCUUUGUUCGUACCCUCCCUUAUUCUAGCCGCUUCUCCCUUUGCCUCUCUUCCUGCUAUGCCAGCAAUAGGGAAUCCUUAUAAACCAUCCUUCCCAUCCAAUUCGGCAUCUGUAACAAACGGAUAUCCACUUCGACUUAGCUUUGCUUUACUUUACUUGAAGCUGGAGCUUCCUGGAACUAAAGAAAGAGUUGAUCUUGCUCUUAUCAAGCAUCCCGAUAAUUCACAUCCGAGGAACUUUUUCAUCCCGGCUAAGGGAAGGACUCCGUGCCUUGCCCUACUUUACCUUCACGGCCUAGGCCCCCCUUGUUCGUUACCCAGCUUGAACUACUUCCUUCGUCUUUCGACUCAGCCAGCUUCUUCCUGUGCUUCUAGUAAAGAACACUUGAGCUCAGUGCUUCUAUCGCCUAUGAAAUGUGAAGUCCUUCCUGUGCCCCUACCCCUACUUCGACUUACUUCGUUGCUUUCGUCGAACUCAAGCUACUUCGCUCCUCCCCCAGUUGGCCCUAGCGAAAGAAAGAAAUUUUAUUCAUUUCACAGGAAGCAAAAAGUUGAAUUGAAGAAGGGGGCGGAAAUCCACUUUAUAGAUUUCACAGCUGCAAGUUUUGCAAUUGAUCAGCUAUGGCUCCGGAUUGAGAGAAAGACGAGACAGCUAGGAGACAUUAAUAGGCAAUCGAAGAUUCCAAUAGUACUCUUGAGCUUUUAUGGUGUGGUUCUCUCUGCCAGCUUUCCUUCUAGCUCUCUUGCUCUAGCUCUUUCUCUUCCUCAUGCCUUGGAGUCCGAGCCCUCAGGCGAGGGGUUAAAUGGAAUACGUUUCCUUCAACGCCAGGCAGCCAUUACAUUAGGCUACUACCUUUCAUGGGCCUUGUUUUCGCUUUCCCACCAUGUUAUGGUGUGGAUGGCGGCUGACUUAGCAGGGCAUCAGGGUCAGUUUAGAGACUACGCUUUGUUAGUUGAAAAAUCGUAUUCUAGUUACAGUCAACACAGUAGCUGUAACGUGAGGAUCCAUGUAAUUGAGAAACCUUAUAUAGGCCCGUGCUGA